AUGGCGACUCAAGCUAGCUUCGGCUUUUUCCCCGAUGCAUUGUUCAAUGCGUACAAAGAAGGGCGGCACGCCGAUGUACGGCUCAAGUCUGGAGACGGCCAUGUCGUCAACGCCCACAAACUAAUUCUGUCGACGAGAUCGAGGGUGUUUAGGGAUAUGUUGGAACCAGAUGAAUGCAAGACCUCGAACGAGGAGACCGUCACUCUAUCUGAGCUGAAGCACGAAGAGUUAGAGGCUUUUAUUGAAUUCAUGUACAAGGGCUCCUUGCCUCAUGACAAGAUGAAGCAGCAUGUUCGCUCGCUCUAUCUUGCUUCGGACAAAUACGAUGUCCCCUAUCUUGAAGAUGUUUGCAGUAACCACCUCGUAUCGUCACUGGAUUUGUCGAACGUUCUCGAAGUUCUCGAGCUUUCUUGCAUUUUCCCGGACAUCUAUCUCCAGAAUGCUGCGUUAGGUUUUGCUGCCAAGAAUGUGAAGGAGAUUGCUUUGUCAGCUCAGUUCAAUGCGUUUGUUGGGAGAAACCCUAACCUUGCUGUGAAGAUCAUGCAGGCUUCUUUAAAUCUUACCAGUAAUAGUACGUGCAGUCGGUGCCGUGGGUAUGGAUCCGGAAUUUAUGGCGAUGAUUAUUAG